AUGGCGUCAAAUUCCUCUUUUAGCCAGAGCUCCAGCCAGGGCUCCGGCUCAGGCUCGAACUCGGCGGACGACCGCAUUAAUCUCAUCAUAGCUGCUAUUGCACUAGUCAUUUCCGUUUUAGCCAUGUUUAUCACGACUUUCCAGGCCCUGCAGCAAUACUUUUCCUCAGCCGCCGGCCAGUCCUCAUGCAGCAAAAAGGUCAUCGGCUUGUGGUCCGACUAUACCAAGCUGCACUUCACGGCGUUUCGCCUUGAGGUCAGGUUCCGAGCGCCAGUUCUUUUUGUAGCACCACCGAAAAAUGACAAAGGGCCGCUCGGAAAAUCUGGCAUCUUGCAAUUAGACGGUUCCAAUGAAAGCUACACUGCGACUCAUACAAUGCAGCCUGUUGAAUAUGCCGAAUGGAAACCGCAAGAGAAGGAAAGCAUCCGUACUGCCGACAACGAGCAGGCGACGUGGAUAUCUCUCAUGAUGGCCAUCCAGAAGAUGGAAAGCGACUCUCGCAAGUGGCAGCAAGAUAUUUACAAGAACUACAAAGUAAAAUUCGAGCCCACUAUGACUGUGGCAAUGCAGGAGAAGACCCGCUCGUGGGAUACCAUGCCGGACGGCCUCUUGAAGCCAUACGCCACCAGCACAAUUGCGCACUUUGUCGAGAUGAUGGCCAUGUUGGGUGUCCACUGGAAGGAGUUUGAUCGCAACAAUGACAAAUACCGUGCACAGGGCAACGGUUUCAGUGUGUCCGGAUCGCUGGUGCCCAAUCUGGGCAUUGGUUUCACUUUCCAGAAAGUGGGAACAGCUACGUACAAGGUGUCCCGCAUCGUUCCGAAUGACUCUGUCAAGGAGCUCUGCUUUGGUUUCUGCCCUACAAUCUUCCGGGACCAAACAACAUACGCUGAUGAACCGGAUAAGGGUGUGCUGCAGCUGGGCACAAGCGCCGAGGUAGCUGCAACUUUGAGCUCCUUCGGCUGCAAUACAAAUACAGUCAACUAUUUCCGCGUUGGGAACGAUCAAACACGUUACUCGCAUCUGUUUCCUCGCAUGGUGGGCCACGUUCUACAGAUAAAGGACACGGCAUUUACCAUGCUACCCAAUCCCACAUUCCUCACGUGGGACAAGUCCUCGUUUUCUUUACCCAAACUCCUCGCGUGUUUCCGGGACGCUCUGGACAAGAUAUCAACAGCCAAGGGCUCGUCUAAGCAAUUCAUACUUGUCUUAGAAAUGAUUGAAGGCGUGCAGGAGGCUGAGAGGCGGGAGUCUGCUACUAGACGGAAGGCAAAAUUACAGGCCACGAAGGACAAAAACAAAGCGGCCGGUCCCCCAGCUUUGGACGUGCAAAGAUCAAAUGGGGUAGAUGGUCCAUCUCUAGCGGCCCAUAGGACAGUUCCAGUCUGGGCCCAGCUGAAAAAAAGGAGCACUCUGCGGCCAGAUCGUGCAACGACUCGGAGACCAGAAUCACCAGUGCCACAGGCGGAAAAUGGCCCCUUGGAUACGGCUUUGGCAAAUUCAGACGAUUUGGAGAACCCUCCCCGGAAGUUCCGGAACCUUGCUAACUUCGCCAAAGCCGCUUUAAUUUUCAGGCAAACAGCGGCUGGAAAUGGAAGACCAGCGCCGAAGGCACAACCAGUAGAGAACGACCCCGACGACGCUACGUUUCCAUCAUAUAUCAGAUCCUUGCACUCUGCAAUCGAGGUGUGCGACCAAUUUUUGAAACGGCCCAAAUUGUUUCCUGUGGUCUCACAGGUCUUCUGCUUGCAUUUCCAGGAGGUUCUCAAGUACCUGAACUCUCAAGAGAACGCCAGAGAAGGCGCAUCCAGCACUCAUGCUGCAGACGACAAAAAGCUACAAGGCGCCCGUACUGACACCGUGACCGGUCCGAGAGCUUCCCAACCUGCUGAUUCCGUAUUCUCGACCAGCAGCCACGAUGGCUACAUUCCUCUGGAAGACCUCAACUCGGCACCAUCGGCUGACCGGCACCGCUUGCUUGCAAAUGUACGCAAACAAGGACACAAAAUACAACACCACGUCGCCCCGAGAACGCCCUUCAUGCCUACAUAUUGUAUAAUUGGAACAAACCGUGGCAUGGGGCUCGAGUUUGUGCGGCAGCUCUCCUUGUCCCCCGAAAAUACCAUACUUGCCACCACACGCCCGGGUGCCGAUCUCAGUGAUGUCCGGGCCGUAGCCUCGGCCACCACUCGCUUCUUGGAUUGUGAUGUUUCCAGUGUCCCCUCAAUCCACUUAUUUGCGAACAAGGCUGCCCGAGUUCUUGAUGGCAAGCAGAUCGAUUUUCUGGUGAAUAACGCAGGCAUCAACAACACACCGUCCAGCGAGACCAGUCUGUCGCUAGACCACACCAAUUUUGCUCAGCAGAUGAGCGCCAACGUUGUGGGUCCUGCAAAGGUAGUCGAGUUUUUGCUGGACCAUAAACUACUCGCCCCAGCCGUCCGCAUACUCAACAUGUCUUCUGGUUGGGCAAGUCUGGACUCGAGCAGCAAGCUAAAUCAACGCGCUUGUACCGGUUACAGCAUCUCGAAGGCUGCCCUCAACAUGCUCACAGUCCACCAGGGAGGGGAUAUUCGCAAUCGCCUACCGGAAGCUGUCGUAAUUGCCAUGGAUCCGGGCUGGGUGAAAACAAGGAUGGGUGGCGAUGGUGCCCCGUUGGAGGCGUCGUUUUCUGUUUCAGGCAUGCUGAAAACCUUACAGUCGCUCAAGGACGAGGACAACUGUCUUUUUUUUGCAUACGAUGGAAAAAGGCGCCCGUGGUGA